AAUGGGCAUAGGGAUCGCUUCAUGUGACGUGGGUCCCCACGAGGUCGGAGGCCAAGACUUUAGAGGAGAUAAGGACGCGAUAACUCGACACUAAGCCGGCGUGAGAGAUAGCAGUGACAUCAACAUGAACAAGAUCAUCCUCAUCGCCUGUCUGGUAGGGAGUGUGGUAUGCCAAGACGAUGGGUCGACUCUGUUACACAAUCUAUUCAACCAAAUGGACCUCAAUUUAGAUGGAUUUUUGUCAAUGUCAGAGGCUCAGGAAGUUUUAAAAGCAAUGGAUUCAAACGACGAUAAGAUGGUGACCGAGAAGGAGUUCUACCUUGGAUUGGUUGACAGCGCCCCGACACUGUGGUAUUGUGGCAAGACCUUCUACGCUGCUCUGGACGUAGACCAUGUUCAUUUGAUUAAAGAACAGCACAUCAACACCAUCUACAGGGACAUGGACACCAACCAAAAUGGAAUUGUGAGCGAAGAGGAAUUCACUAAUUACCUUAUAAAUUUGGAAAAGGACUGCCGCACGAACGGACACAUCAACCAGGCUAAAAGGUUUCUACCAAAACGAUCCAGAUAAACCAACCCUUGUAUUCCAAUGAAGUAAAAUCUCGUUAAAUCGA